AUGACGCCGGCCGACAAUCCCCGGGCAAUUCAGCGACGUCCUUUGCUUCCCAGGCAUCCUCAACGCUUUCUUUCUGGGCUGCAUGACUUUUGUAUACGUCGCGCUGUUGGCUCCAGGACGGUGAUGUCUUUUCUCGUUCAAGCGACCCGAAGCUGGCCAAGCCAGAUCCAACGUCGGCAUCAUGAGUCUGUAGCUUCAACGAAUGCUUUCCCAACCGAUGGACAACAGGUGAGGAAAUGGAUCGCUUCCAGCUAUCGUGCGCGGAAAGCUGCUGCUGUCGGGAUUCUGAUCUCGGGUGUGGUCGUGACUGUAUCCAUGCUGUCCCGAGGCUCGCCGGAAGCGGCUGUUCUGGUACAGAACAAGAUGUGCAAAGGUUGGGUUCUGCGGGUAGAGAAGGCGAGUUUCUUGGAGCCUCCGCUGGCCGCUCUGGCCAGAAACUUUGAGGGCAUUCCAUGGAGAGGAUCGGCUGUAAUUGACAUGGUUGGCAGCCAUAAUAAACUAGCAACGAAAACGUCGACCGCCGACCGGCGAUGGGAAAGGGACUACUCCGGAGCCGCCAAGGUGGAAUUGGGUCGCAUCCGAGUCUGUGGUGGUGAUGUCAACUUGCGAAUCAAGAAACCGCUUGGUUAG